AUGCCUUCCCCCGCUUUCCUCCAUUCCUCCAAUAACGGCCCACCGCAUUCCCGAACCUCUACGAAACCACCUCCUGUGCAGGCUACAACAAUGCUGCCACUCCAAUACAUCGACCACCCAUCCUUUCCCUCAACCGCACCUCUCAACCACCCACAUAUCCUCAACAGCGAAGCGAACAACUCCUCGGUCCCCACCAAGAACCUCUGCCUAUGCGACGCCAUCGCCACCCUCCUCCACAACCUCGAGUCCAAGCUGCCCGGCGCCCUCGAGGCCCUCUUGAACACCGCAGUCAAGUCCUUCAAGUUCACGCGCCUUUCCAACCGGGGAGAAGGCGGGGUCAUGAAUCCUCAAAUGGAUCUAAUGAUAUGGCGCGAGGGACCACUAGUCAUCGCCGGCUUCUUCAACAAGUUCCCCGAUUCCAUAGAAUGGGAAGCCGUCACCAAGGCCACUAUCCAAGCCAACGGCAGAUGGCACGCUACUUGGGGCGCACGAGCUGCAUACACCAAGCAUCCGCUAGAAGGGAGUUUCCCGCUCGAGAGUCUCUCGCCCCGUGGCUUCCUCCAAAUCAAUUCUCCGCUGUUUCUGGAUUGUAAUCCGUAUAGGAGGAAAGAGGCACGGGAGGUGCAUAGGAGCUUGGGCGAAGCGAUCUACGGGAAUAAGCUUUGGGAGGACGACGACGACCCACUCUUUCAGGUUGUGGUCGACGGCAAGGAGAUCAGGGAGAGGAAGGGCGGUGGAGGGUCAAGGGGAACGGACCGGUGUGCGUUCGUAGCGCCGAGAGAUCAUGAAGGAAGAUAUUGACGA